AGAAACUCCACAGCGCUAUUCCCUCCACAGGCUCUCACUGCAUCUACCAGUGAUCGACCCAGUAGUACAUAUAUAUAGCCAGAGCAUGUAGAGAAAUGCACACUCGUGGCAAUUAUAGUUGUUAGCUUAGGUCCACUUAGCCUGUCCGGAGCAGGCACGUAAACAGAGGAAGUUACAGAAGUACCAAAUCAAGCGCCAUGGUGUCCGCCGCCGGCGGCCAAAAAGUGGCGACGAUGCAGUUCGCGUCGCACGUCCUGCGGGGCCGCUGGUUCAUGUUCUUCGCGUCGAUCCUGAUCAUGGCGGCGGCGGGGGGCACGUACAUCUUCGGCAUCUACUCCAAGGCGAUCAAGACGUCGCUGGGUUACGACCAGCAGACGCUCAACACGCUGAGCUUCUUCAAGGACGUGGGCGCCAACGUGGGCAUCCUGCCGGGGCUCAUCAACGAGGUGACCCCGCCGUGGGUGGUGCUUGCCUGCGGCGCCGGGAUGAACCUGGCCGGUUACCUGAUGAUCUACCUCUCCGUGUCCGGCCGCACGGCGCGCCCGCCCGUGUGGCUCAUGUGCGUGUACAUCGCCGUGGGCGCCAACUCGCAGUCCUUCGCCAACACGGGCGCGCUGGUGACCGCGGUCAAGAACUUCCCGGAGGACCGCGGGGUCGUGCUGGGCCUGCUCAAGGGCUUCGUGGGCCUCAGCGGGGCCAUCUUCACGCAGCUCUACCGCGCCAUCUACGGCGCCGGGGACGACGGCGCGUCCCUGGUGCUGCUCAUGGCGUGGCUCCCCGCCGCCAUCUCGCUGGUCUUCAUCCCGACCAUCCGUAUCAUGCCGCGCGCGUUGGGGAGGAGCCAGGAGGCGAGCGGAAGGGAGCGGAAGGCCUUCUUCUACUUCCUCUACGCGUCCAUCGUGCUCGCCGUGUACCUCCUGGUGAUGAACGUGGUGGAGCUGGAGGUGCCCGGGUUCCCCAAGCCCGCCUUCUACGUCACGGCCACCGUGCUCCUCCUGUUAAUCUUCUUCCCGCUCGUCAUCGUCGUCCAGCAAGAGCUCAAGACUUACCUCCAGCCGCCGACGCCGACCCCAGUUAAUCUGACCAUCACCGUGGACAACGACCCCAAGACGCCGGUAGAACCGGCGCCGGCAGAGUCGUCGACGUCGGCCUCGUGCUUCCAGGACGUGCUACGGCCGCCGGCAAGAGGGGAGGACUACACGAUCCUGCAGGCGCUCUUCAGCGUGGACAUGCUGGUGCUGUUCGUGGCCACCAUCUGCGGCGUGGGGGGCACGCUGACGGCCAUCGACAACAUGGGCCAGAUCGGGCAGUCGCUGGGCUACCCGCAGCGGAGCAUCUCCACCUUCGUGUCCCUCGUCAGCAUCUGGAACUACGCGGGGCGGGUGGUGGCCGGGUUCGCGUCAGAGUACGUGCUGGCACGCUACAAGAUGCCCCGGCCGCUGGCGCUCACGUUGGUGCUCCUCCUGGCCUGCGUGGGCCACCUCCUCAUCGCCGUGGGCGUCAGCAACGGGCUCUACGCGGCGUCGGUCAUCCUGGGGUUCUGCUUCGGGGCGCAGUGGCCGCUGCUCUUCGCCAUCAUCUCCGAGGUGUUCGGGCUCAAGUACUACAGCACGCUCUACAACUUCGGCGCCGUGGCCAGCCCCGUCGGGUCCUACAUCCUCAACGUCCGGAUCGCCGGAAGGUUCUACGACAGGGAGGCGCUGCGGCAGGGAGGGAAGAGGGGCAAGGACCUGACGUGUAUCGGGGUGCGGUGCUUCAGGGAGUCCUUCUACAUCAUCGCCGCCGUGACGCUGCUCGGCGCAGGGGUGUCGCUGCUGCUUGCGUGGAGGACCAGGGAAUUCUACAGGGGCGACCUCUACGGCAAGUUCAAGGAGGUCGGCAUGGUUGGAGUAGUGGAAGGGACGCAGCAAGCAGCGACGCCCGGCAGUGCUGCUGGCGUCACGACGACGACCAAGGAUGCUACUUCUGGUAGUACGGGUGAGGCCCUCGACGCCAAUAGCAGUAAGAUUGAUUCGACCAAAGAGUGAGAUCCCAGAUCAGUACUGGAAAACAAGGGUUAAAUCAUACGUAUAUGUGCCAAUGUGUGUCAUUUGUCGCGUAGCAGCAUAUAUCGAUCGAUGUUUGCUAGAGCGUAGUGUGUACAUGUAAAUUGUGAUACACUGAUGUCAUCAACCUGUGAGGCCGUGACACGUACGUGCUGAUAAGUAGCGAAACCCACGUAUCAACGGCACAAAUAGCUAGCCAGUGGAAUGUAUAUAUAGGGCGAAACUAUAUAUGUGGAGUGUCAGGCAGUUCUCAUGCUUAAUUUCACCCGGACGAAGAGAGAACCAGAAGCUGGUUUCUAGCCUUUCUCCGAGGUAUUGUAAACACAAACACUGGUUAAAAAGACCGGCUAAGCUUUCGCGA